CAGAACACGUCUAUAAUUUAGUAGUUCACAGUUUGUAAGUUUACGAAUGGCUUCCGGGUAGAUUCUGGGUAGUACACUGUUGAUAUUACCUCGGACUUCAGAGUAAAAUAAGUAGCUUGAAGUUGAUUGAAAUACUGUAUUCUUUCAUAUUUCGAAAAUGUCAGAAAAAAGAUUACCGAAACCCCAACUUCGUGGUCUUCACGUUGCAAGAAUUAAGAGGAGUUUUGGAAUUGCAGCACUAAUUUGUGUCGUUACUAGUGUGUCAUGGAAAGUACUAGUUAUGGAUACAUAUAAUCGAAAAGUCGAGGAUUUUUACAAAACUUAUGAUCCAAUGAAAUCAUUAGAUAGAAUGAACAAAGCUGGACUCAUGGAAUCUUAUCAACCAUAAUUAUUCCACAAAUCUGUAUGAGGUUAAUUAGAUAUUAGUGGUAAUAAAACUUUAUUUAAGAUGUUA